AUGAAUGAGAAAGGAGAUAGAGGAAGAACAUGGCAAUUGCGAGGAGUUACAUCACUCAGACCUAAUACCCUUCCACAAUGGCUUCAAGACAGAAUCAAAGCUUCUGAUUUUCAUCACUCAGACCAUUCUCACCACAAGAAAAAUACUCUACCACAACACGUUAUUAACAACGUGCAUAAAUUAUACGUUGUGGAAUUAGACUUUCCACAACAGCAAUGCUACAAUCCAAACAGUACCAGAGGCACUCCUGCACCUGCUACUUCGAAAGGUUAUUCUACUCCUCCUCCUCUUCCUAAAGUGGUUAAUGGAUAUCCAGUUAAUAAUAAUUACACUCCUAAUCCUGCUCCUAAUGCUGCUCCUGCGUACUACUACUAUUUUCCCGCACAACCAGCCCCAACUAAUCCUUCAGAAUUAAGCCAUGAUAAUGUGACGUCGUUUGUUCCUCAUGGACAUGACAUUAGUGAGGGCUUAAAGCCACCCAAUGCAUAUGACAAUACUUCCUCAAUUGCUGGACCUGACCAACCGGAAAAUUCAAAAGGAAGAAUUUGUACUUGUGCUAAUCCCCAGCUGCCCAACAAUAAUGGAAAAGUUGACAAGCACAAGAAUAUUGGAGAAAAGAAUGGCAAGAAAAAGAAUGGGAACAAAAAGAAUUCCAGAUCAAGCGGCGAUUCAUUCAAGGUUCGUGGGAAUACUAUUAAUGGAGGCCUAUUAAAGCACCAAUUCCCUCUCCUCACUCCUACUUUCUGUCUCGUGGGGCUCAGCAAAUGGAAAUUUCCAUAUUUUUUCUACAUUUCCGGCGCCUUUUGUACAUACACACCUCCUUUUACAUGGAAAAACAAUAAUUGA